GGGCGGGGGGCCGCGGCUGCUGCUCUCAGUCAGUCAGUGUUAUGUGUGUAUACCGGUGUGUGCGGCGCUGGCGGCUCGGUCCGGUGAAGUUGGGGACAUAGAUGUGACAGGACCGGCAGAGAGGACGCCACAGCAUCACAUUAGCCCCCUGCAGCCCGGACAUGAGCAGCUCUGACCCCAAGGAGUACCUGACCAGGAGGGAGAUCCCCCAGCUAUUCGAGGGGCUUCUGAAUGGAUUAAUGUAUUACAGACCUGAUGAUCCUGUGGAUUACUUGGAAAACUGUUUGCAAAAAGUGAGGGAUCUGGGAGGAUCGGAGAAAGUGAAGUGGGACACGUUUGUGGGACCAGACAAGAGGAACUUACCGCCGCUCAAUGGUGGACAAGCUCGAAGAUCCUUCUACAGAAAUGUGUUGCCAGAAAGCUGCAAUUUUCCCUAUCGGCGAUAUGACCGGCUGCCGCCUAUCCACCAGUUCUCCAUAGAAAGUGACACGGACCUCUCGGAGACCGCAGAACUGAUUGAGGAGUAUGAAGUUUUCGAUCCCUCAAGACCACACCCAAAAAUAAUUCUGGUGAUUGGCGGCCCGGGGAGCGGGAAAGGUACGCAGAGCCUGAAAAUAGCGGAACGUUACGGAUUUGAGUACAUAUCAGUGGGGGAGCUAUUGAGGAAAAAGAUCCACAACACCAGUAGCAACAGGAAAUGGAGCCUAAUCGCCAAGAUAAUCACCACAGGAGAAUUAGCUCCGCAGGAAACCACAAUCACUGAAAUAAAACAAAAACUUAUGCAGAUUCCGGACUCGGAGGGGAUAGUAAUAGAUGGAUUUCCCCGCGAUGUGGCCCAGGCUCUGUCCUUUGAGGAUCAAAUCUGUACGCCGGAUCUAGUGGUGUUCCUGGCUUGUGCCAAUCACAAACUGAAAGAGCGUCUCCAGAAACGGGCGGAACAGCAGGGCCGGCCGGACGACAAUCUCAAGGCGAUUCAGAGGAGGUUAAUGAACUUUAAGCAGAAUGCGGUUCCGCUGGUCAGCUACUUCCAGGAAAAGGGCCUCAUCAUCACGUUUGACGCUGACAGAGACGAGGAAGAGGUCUUCUGUGAUAUCAGCGCGGCCGUUGACAACAAGCUGUUCCCCGCCAAGGAGCCGGUGGCAGGACCGAGCGAGCUCGACCUUAGCCUCAUCUUAGACAGCGGGGACUCCGCAGACACCUCAUCGGAUUUUGAUGAUCAGAAUGAGGAAAUUGCGCAUAUUUUUGGAGAUGAUUACCUAAGAGAGGAGCUGAAGAGAUGUAAAGUGGUGUUUGUAUUAGGUGGCCCGGGAUCUGGGAAAGGAACCCAGUGUGAAAAGCUGGCACAGAAGUACGGACUCUCGCACCUGUCUAUAGGGGAUCUACUGCAGAGUGAUCUCGCGGUGGCUUCAGAGAGAAGUAAACUGAUGAAAGAUCUCAUGGAGCGAGGGGACCCGGUGCCUGUGGACAUCAUACUGGAAAUCGUGAAUGACGCCAUCAGUUCCUCACUCGGGAGCUGCAAGGGCUUCCUGCUGCAGGGGUUCCCCAGGGAGAUCAAACAGGCCGAAGCGUUUGAAUGCAAGCUGACUAAACCAAACCUUGUGCUGUACCUGGACUGUUCUGCGGAAUGCAUGACCACGCGGCUUGUCAGGAGGAAUAAGAGCGCCCAUCGGACCGACGUCUGUACAGACACCAUCAAGAGGAGGCUGCAGAUCUUCUACCAGGCCACGGAGCCCAUACUCUCUUAUUAUGAAACACAGGCUACGCUAUAUAAGAUCAACGCCGAGCGCUCGCCAGAUCAAGUUUUUCUCCAGCUUUGUGCAUCAGUUGAGUCUAUAAUCUGAGCGAUGCGGGGGAUGUGUGUGCGGUGUCGGCAACAAGGCGGCAGCGGUGUACAGCUUUGUAUAUUCAUUCAUUCGUUAAACCUGCUGCGAGAGCCUCUACCCUCCACACUAGUGCAUGCUAUCUCAGCUGUAGCAAGAGAUCGGUGAUCCCUACAGUCCGUAGUAUACACACAACGCUGCAGGCUUCUGCCACCGGAGGAGACACAGCCGUAGCGUUACGGCUUAGUUACAGUGCAAAGAAUGGCGUUCACCCAACACGUUGUCAGUGGAUACAGUGUGGGAGUGAAUAUACUUGUGCUACUUAACACAGUAAUUGGCAGAACCAGCUGGCGCACCCCCCCACUGAUGUCUUCAAUUAGCUUUACACAUACCCACUUAUCUGGUGAGCACAAGAAAAAUACACACUUCUACAGUGCGUGACCGGCGGUAAACACAUACACGAUUAGAGGAAAACAAAUCUCUGCUGUGCAAGUACAGACAGCGGGCGCCUAUUACUAGAGGGAAACAAAUAAAAGAAAAGAAAAAUUGGAUAUUAUGUUGCUAAAUUAGAAAUUUUCAGAGUUUUUGGAACGUGUCCUAUACUGGUGUGCGAGGUUUGGGUUUACAGUGACAGUGCUUUCAUGCAAGGCUAGAAGCCAGUUCAGCUGCCAUUAUAUUAUUUACAGCGUUAUUAAAUGCCUAAGCUUAUGUCACAGCCAGCAACUACUUCCCAACUGUACGUGGGAUAAUCCACCCUGUUGCCGUGAUAUGCGAUACAUUGAUAGAACCAUCAAGAUGCCACUGCCCUUAGCCACCCCAAAAGUGACCUCACAGCAUGGUUUUGCCAUGGUACAAUUUUUUUUUUCUUUUCCUGCUUUGGUCUUAACUUUGAAUUGGCCCCAAGGUGCACAACUGCUAUUUAAAGCAGUCAAUCUGGAAAUUUAAAUCCUCUGGAGUCCGAAGAACCAGGACUGAAGAGCGAUCGCCCACCACCUGCAAGGCUGGUGUCCACCGUCGCCAUCAUUCAAGUCCCAGAUGGAAAUUGGGCGACCCAAGCAGAGAUUGUCACCCUUCAGAUACCAGGCACACCACCGUGGACAGCCAACGGGUCAGGUGUUGGUGAGACACGUUCCAUUGAGAAACCAGCGCGUUCUGGUAUAGUCACAAAUGGAACUGUACAAAUUGCAUCACCUCCAAGGUUGGCAGCGAUAUCAUACAAAGGUGAACCACUGAGUCAACUGAGACUUAACUAGUCCCCGUAGGGAGAGGAUCUUGUCCACAUGGUAAGAACAUAUCUGCUAAUGGAUAUCAAACAGAAGAGACAGAAAAAUCAUCCGCUUGGAGGAGACCGGUUGGAUUUGUUGAGCUUUAGAAUAGAACCAUGAGCCAGCAAGGUCCAGAACAUCUCCAUAUCAGGAAGGCCAGACAAUACACCUUAAUCAGCAGAUGGGUCAGCUAAGGGAGGAUAGUCAUCACCCUGGUACUGGGAAGAGCAGCCGUAGCUUUUUGUAAAUUCUCUUGGCACUGCAGACAAGCUGAAGCAUAACCGGACAGUUGAGAUUGAACUUCAAACCUGGGGAACAGUCUGCAUCAUUGCUGCCCAAUAGACUUGUCCACCCAUCCAUUGAUGACUGUCCACAAGGAAUUUAGUUUGAACUUGUCCACCUUGAACAGGAGUCAUUAUGGGUGGAGUACAGAUCUGCUGACCCACAGACAAGCAUGAAUUUAUACACACUGGGGAUGGGUUCUCUUUCUAAUUCAAUGCACUCCGAACACAAACACACCCUUGAUUACCUGCCAACAAAGUUUUAUAUAUAAUAUAUCAUACAUACAUACAUGAAGUUCAAAAUGCCCCUCCGCAGUGCCUGUGCUGACCACGUCUCCCCACACAGAAUGUGCGCUAAACACUUUAUUCACAUGGAAAACACAAUGUGUCGCUCUCUGGCUGCGCGGGAGAUCUGCUGUGAGAGCGCGCUCACCACGGAGGGGUGGUAUAGUCCCUGCCACAGCAAUCAUCCACCAUAAAGACACUCAUCAAAGGCAGCAACUUUUCGGAGAGACCGCACCAACUAUUUUAUUAGAAGUUCCUCUAGUGCAUUAGUGCCAACCCCCUAGUGCCCCCAGCAGGCCAUGUCCUGAGGAUGUCUGUCUGCAGAAGCUGGUGGGAGAAUUACUGACCCUGCAACAUUGACUGCUCACCUCUGCAUGAUUAAAGAAAUCCACAAAACAUGACCUGCUGUAGGGCUGGCGUUGAGAAUCCUUACUCUAGAACUAGCGGCACUCCAUCUGCUGUGGAACUACACAUCCCAGCAUGCUCUGCCACAGAUUUGCUGUUAGAGCAUGCUUGGAUGUGUAGUUCCACAGAAGUUGGAUUGCCAGAGGUUGCCUACCCCUGCUCCAGAAGAUAUUUAACAAACUACACGUCCAGGUCCUCUGCUGUCUCCGGUGCCAGACCAAUCAGAUAACGUGAAGAGAGAACGUAAAUCUGCCAGACGGUGACAGAAGCCUGCACGUAGCGAGACCUUAACACGUCGCUAUAGAUUAUUCUGCCAAAGUGUCAUCACAUCAGGUUCCCGUAUCUCGCCGGCUCUCUUUUUAUAAAGCAUUUCUACGUCGCUAUCUGCCAGGAACACUUGGCAUUCGCAGUUUUAUCUCGCUGACAUCAUUUAUAUUGCAGUGAAGGUUUUGUCAACUCCGUGCAGAAUUUCACAGCAUAAAAAACAUGCAUGACCAAGCCAAGAGACUAUAUGUAACCGGUGAUGACAACCAUUUGUAAAAAAACAAAACAGAAGUAUAAAAAAGUAAAAAAAAUUAUAUAUAUAUUUAAAAAAAUGCAUAUUAUGUAAUGACAGUAUUGCUGCCAAUACACAUAAAAUAAAAUAUAAGUUCUGGUAUGAA